AUGAAAGAAAUGAAUCAAGACGAGAAAAUGCUGGAAGACGAAAGCUUAACCCUAGGUCAACCAUUAAGUGACUUCCUUUUGCAACUGGAAGAUUACACACCAACAAUUCCUGAUGCUGUAACAACAUACUAUCUAAGAAGUUCUGGUUUUGAACCCAGAGAUCCGAGAUUAGUAAGAUUGGUCUCUAUAGCUGCUCAAAAAUUCAUAUCUGAUAUUGCCAAUGAUGCCCUACAGCAUUGUAAAAUGCGGUCCACUAACUCCUCAAGUCAUACUGGAUCAAAGAGCAAACAGGGCACAAAGGAUAGAAGAUACUGCCUCACUAUGGAAGAUUUGACUCCAGCUCUUGCAGAAUUUGGAAUAACUAUCAAGAAACCCCAUUACUAUGUAUAA